UUGAAAGUUGCGUGAAAGUGGACUCCAAAUGCUGUUAGCGUGCUAUUGGUUAGCUUAUGUAUCGAUGCUUUGACACAUCUAUAUGAAAGUUAAACUUUAUUUGCUUCACUCUGAGUUGCGGUUAUUGGUGAGUAAGUCUUUUAAAACUGGUCAUUUGUAGCGGUUAGUAUGGCUCACCUGCGUGAGGAAUACACCUUUGCCGCACCGUUAGUGUAAUACAGGUUCAGCUGAAUGAGGACUGGCUGUCGUGCCGAAGGUUGCUCACAAGGUGGCACAUUGAGACACCUAAACUGAAAGACUAAAGGCGAGGAAUUCUGGAGACAGGAAAACGGCUGAGCAGAUAAGGUGGAGGGAAUAGAGACGUUUUGUGAUGAAGUGGAAGGGAGGAGAGGAAGGAGAGCCUGAUUGGAGAACUGCCAACAGUGUUUCCUCUACAGCAGGAAGUCCCCUCCUGCUGCUCCCUCUGGAGAAUGACUGGCUGCUGUGUUCAUGUGUGUCAGACUUGAACCUGCGGUACGAGUGCCAGGACUGUGGGGCUCUCCUGCUGAGUUGCCGGCCGGCUUUUUGUAUCUGAUCACAACUGGACAGGCGGACUGGAGCUAAACAGAGGAUUGUAAAGAGGAUCAGAGAGGCUGCAGUGUUGUCUGUAUCACUGACGACUGAUCUACCAAACUUGCCUUUUGGAUAAAAAAACAAACGCCAUCAGCUGCCCUGUGGCUGACUGGUGACCCCUGAUUCACAGUCUAACCCCAUUCUGGAUCACCGCUGAGCUAAUAGAGGUGGUCUGGACAAGGCUAAAGUGGAAUUUAACCUCAACUGACCCUGUCUAGCAAGUAGCCUUUCACUGAGCCCAGACUGGUAAAAAAGGACGGAUAAAAGAGCAAGAGAGGUGACUUGGAGCAAGGAAGAAAGGGAGAGCAGCAGCACAGCGACCGCUCCUGCAGAAUGCCAGUGGAGACCCUGCGGCCAUCAGAUGGCCGGUUGGCCGGGGUCCCCUUUACCUCCGCCAUGCCUUUCAGGAUACUCAACAAGGGUCCAGAUUAUUUCCGCCGACAGGCUGAGCCCGGGGCCCGCAAACUGAGCGCUGUAGAGCGCCUGGAGGCUGACAAGGCCAAGUACGUUAAAAGCCAGCAGGUGGCACUCACCCGCCAGGCCCCCAUCCAACCUCCAAUCAUCCGCAAGCCCCUCGUCCCUUCAGGGAUGAUGAUGAACACUCCUCCAGCCCGGAAAGUUAACCGAUCCCCAGCUGAGGUGGAGAGCACUGGAGGCAGACAGGGACCAGGAGAGAGGAGACGACCUGCUUUAAACUUGGAUAUUCUAAAUAACCUAAUCAGUGAUGUAUGCGAUGGACCAUCCCCGGGUUCCCAGUCCUCUUCUUCCACCUCCCCUUCCUCAUCGUCUCCUUCAUCAGGAGCUAAGAGCAUCGGCAGCAGCCUUUCAGGGGAGCAGGAGAGGAGCAGCCGACCCUCAAACAACCUCAAACCUUUGAAUCACACCAUCACCAACUCAUCAUCCACCUCCUCCUGCACCUCCUCUCCACUCACUAACAAUCUCCAGACACCUGCAGCAGAACUGACCCGACGCCCCCCCCCUGUCCCAGCACGUGCACCCCGCUUUGGUGUUCCAGUUCCCUACAGUUCCCCUAACUCAGUGACAGUACGCAGGGUGGACGUUCGGCCUCAGGCUGAGAUAAGGAAGCCACAGAGGGCCCAGUUGCAGCCACAGCUAAGGCCCAGACAGACUCCCCAGGGCCAAGUUGCACACCCCCAGCUCCCACCCCCACCACCCCCUCCACCCUCUCAGAAUCAACCCCAGCCCCUAUCUCAGUCAUCCCAAGCCCUGCCCCCCUCUUCAGCCUACCUGCCACCCAGUCCGAUGCUAGUCCGAGCGGGCAUGAUCCCGCCAGCCUCACCCGCUUUCACCCGAAUCUCAAACGCCAGCUCCAAGGGGUCUGCUCGUAAGCACCCAUCCCUGCACCGCUCUAAGUCGGACCUGAGCGACCGCUACUCCCGCGCCACGGCCGACCUGGAGCGCUUCUUCAACUACUGCGGGCUGGACCCGGAGGAGGUGGAGGGAAUGGGUGGAGUGGAGCGCUUCACAAGGGCCAACUCAGACAUUGUGUCCAUCUCUAAGCUCCGCAGUGUCAGCACCCCCAGCUCGGAGUGCGGGGACGAGGCCGACCAGGUCAGGGAGGAUGAGGAUGAUGAAGAAGACGGGCCCCCCAGGGCCAAUGAAAGGGUGCCCUAUGGCAUCUCUGUUAUCGAGAGGAACGCUCGAGUCAUCAAGUGGCUAUAUGGCAUCCGACAGGCAAGAGAUUCUAACAGCGCUGUUUCUAACGUAUAGACUGACAGGGACGUGAAAGAAGACGGGACUCCUGUUUGUUCAUCUUUUGCUGCCUUAUGUUACAGUUAUGGAUAAUCCUCUAGUUGUUUCUUGUGUUUCCUGUAUAAACUCACUUUUUUUUUCUUGGAAUUUCACAUCAUACAUUUUUUGAACUGGGCUGCAAGUCAGGACUGCAAGACCACACAGACGAUGCACCCCCCCCCCCCUCCCCCUGCCCUCACUAGAUCUUGUGCAACAAUAUUGGUAUUGAAAGCAAUAAUAGACUGGUAAUAGUGAGGAUGAAGGCAAUAGUGUCUCCUUAUGUAAAGGUACCGUGUGUGUGUGUGUGUGUGUGUGUGUGUGUGUGUGUGUGUGUGUGUGUGUGUGUGUGUGUGGCAGCACAAAGGUAGACUGCCAAAACUGCCAACGAGCAAGCCAGGAAGAAAACCACGUUGAUACUGUGAAACUUUCUCACACAAAAAGCUUCUAUGAGCAUAGUCAUGUUUUUAAACACCAACCCUUUUGGCGGUAAGACUGUUAUUAUAUACAUUUGUGUCAGCAUGCGAGUGAAACGUUUGUAUACAUUCUUUUAGGGUAUGUCAUCAAGCACAUGUCUUCCUUUCACAUAAAUUCACUGCACUGACGCACAUUCAGGUCAGUUACAGUUAGCGCUGUCUGUAUAUCAGACUGUAACAUUGUCUAGUUGUGCGCAUCCAGAACACACUUCACGUUAUGGCUCACGCUGCGCUGGUGCAGCCUGAGAAAUUAGUUUGCUGUGUAUGUCCCUGCACGGAUGAGAGCAAGUCAUAUGAUGAAGGAUGAGCUCAUAAGUAGACGGUUGAAGUAAGUGUAGCAUGACAAAGAUAUUUAGCCUCCAGAAAAAAAAAAGGUUGGAGGGGGAAAAAAAAAAGAAAAGAUGGAUGAAAGAAGACUUGAAAAGAGAAUACUCAUGGAUCUUAUAAAAAAGAGAAGCUAUCUUUGUUGUAUGAAUAUGUCUGCGGCUCUGAAAGUGUCUCAGGAAGAUGGCAUACUAACAAAAUGGACCAAUAUUUAUUUGGAAAAUGUAACUUAAUGUAUUUUUUAAUAUUGGAUGACUUUGUGUACAGAAUUCAAUCUCUGUUCUUAAGUGCAAUCUGAUGGUAUUUUCUAGAAUUACAGUUUAUGUAGGAUGACGUUUAAAUACAGGAAGCAGACACAUCCAAAGUGUGAAUGUUGCACCUGCUUCUCACAGGAGCACAGAAAGUGAGACUGUUGUGUAUUUAUUCGACUUCCUGUUUGUGUGGGAACAAGAGGUCUGCCCCACCCCCCCCACCAUGUGUGAGUCCUCCUAUCCUCUGUAUCUGCCGCCUUCGAACGAUGUCCAGUAUGAGCAGCGGUCAGGUUCUCCUCAGAUCAGAGGGCUGGAGAACACGACCGCAGCGCCGGUGAACGAAGUGUGCUGUUGAAUCUGGCACGCAAUGCCCAAAGAGUCUUCAAGAGAUGAGAGAUCUAAAAUGCUUUACCGUGGUGUAUUCUGAACAGUUAAUUAAAAAGAAAGUUCAAGUA